GCAGCACCUACGUGUUUCAAUUCAAACGCAUUUUCCAUCGUUUCCCUUCUCAGCAAGUAGCACUUCCUCCCAAUUUUAAACUACCGUCGUUGCGACAAGUGCAUAGAGCUACUACUGCAAGUGCAAGAAUAGCUUCGUAAAGAGCAUCAAUGGCAAUCGAAACUCUAGUAUUAGGCGCUGGUCAAGAGGUUGGGAAAAGCUGCGUAGUGGUGAACAUCAAUGGAAAGAGAAUCAUGUUCGAUUGCGGCAUGCACAUGGGUUACAAUGAUCACCGUCAAUUCCCUGAUUUCUCUCUUAUUUCACCUUCUCGAAAUUUCAAUGACGCUCUCUCAUGCAUCAUCAUUACUCAUUUUCAUUUGGAUCAUGUUGGAGCGUUGGCUUACUUCACUGAAGUUUGCGGUUAUAGCGGACCGGUUUACAUGACGUACCCAACAAAAGCUUUGGCUCCCUUGAUGUUGGAAGACUACCGGAAAGUGAUGGUCAAUCGUCGGGGUGAGGAAGAACAAUUCACUUCUGAUCAUAUUGCUGAGUGCAUGAAGAAAGUUAUUGCUGUAGAUCUGAAGCAGACUGUGCAAGUAGAUGAAGAUCUGGAGAUACGUGCAUAUUAUGCAGGACAUGUUAUCGGAGCUGCGAUGUUCUAUGUAAAAGUCGGAGAUGCAGAAAUGGUUUAUACAGGAGACUACAAUAUGACACCGGAUAGACACCUAGGAGCAGCUCAAAUUGAUCGACUACGACUCGACCUUCUUAUAACUGAAUCCACAUAUGCGACCACGAUACGUGAUUCAAAAUAUGCUCGAGAGAGGGAAUUCCUCAAAGCUAUUCAUAAAUGUGUUUCUGGUGGAGGAAAGGUUCUUAUUCCAACAUUUGCUCUUGGAAGAGCUCAGGAACUAUGCAUUUUGUUGGAGGACUAUUGGGAGCGCAUGAAUUUGAAGGUUCCUAUCUACUUCUCUGCAGGAUUAACUAUUCAAGCUAAUAUGUAUUACAAGAUGCUUAUUGGUUGGACAAGCCAGAAGAUUAAAGAUACAUACUCCACACAUAAUGCAUUUGAUUUUAAGAAUGUUCACAAGUUUGAGCGGUCUAUGCUUGAUGCUCCUGGUCCUUGUGUUCUCUUUGCCACCCCUGGGAUGAUAAGUGGUGGAUUUUCACUUGAAGUUUUUAAACACUGGGCACCGUCUGAAAAUAAUCUUGUCACUCUGCCUGGGUAUUGUUUGGCAGGAACUGUAGGACAUAAAUUAAUAUCAGGGAAGUCUACCAACAUUGAUAUAGAUCCUGAUACACAGAUAGACGUGCGUUGCCAGAUUCAUCAGUUGGCUUUUAGUCCUCACACAGAUUCUAAAGGGAUAAUGGAUCUUGUAAAAUUUCUCUCCCCAAAGCAUGUUAUACUAGUGCAUGGUGAGAAGCCUAAAAUGGAUUCUCUAAAAGAAAGAAUUCAUUCUGAAUUGGAGAUUCCGUGUUAUAAUCCCGCAAACAAUGAAACCGUAAACAUUCCUUCAACUAACUACGUAAAUGCAGAAGCCUCUGGCACUUUCAUCCGAAACUGCUUGAAUCCAAACUUCAAGUUUCAGAAAUGCAAUUCAGUGGACACACGUGACUCCACUCUGAUAGACAGAAACCUGACGCCCGAACUUCAAGUUGAAGAUGAAAGAGUAGCAGAUGGAGUUUUGGUCAUGGAAAGUAACAAAAAGGCAAAGAUUGUACACCGAGAUGAGGUUUUGCUCAUGUUGGACGAAAAGAAGCAAGAGGCUUAGCUUACAUAUUUGUGUUGUUUACAUAUUGGUAAAUGGCGGUGACUCAAUAGAUCGCCCAUUUGACAAGAGCUCUUGAUUUAUGUUCUUACGUCAAAAGCUUAAUGGUGACAACAGUUCUGGAGGAAAGAAUCAAUACUUUGGAGAAUAUCUGCAAAUGCAGUCAUUAUGCAUCAACAGAUGCCAGACGGGAAGAGGACCAGUUAAACAGAACAGCAUGUGUUGGAAUCAAUGCACUUUUCUCCUAAAGGAGUUUUAUUGAAAUAGACUUGAGCUGCAAGAACAUGGAGCAUUUGAUUGUGUCUUGCUGGGUGGCCUAAGCAAGAUUCAGAAACUAUGUGCUCAUAAUUUAGGCUCCCAUAUUUAUGAUGCUGGAGAGGAAAUUAUGUUAUAAUUGGAGCAUUUUUUAAGUUAUGUAUAAUAUUUGUAGUCAUUUUUGUUAGAUAUUUAAUUGGGGUAAAUCAAGAAUUAUUGAUAGGUGGUGUACUGUUUUUUCAAUGAAUCGUAUUUCAUUUUGGUUUUA